AUGCCAGCCAUCCGUUCCAUGUGGAUCAUCGCCUCAUUGGCUCUGAGCACCGCGCUCCUCUCGUCUGCCCAGCAGACUCUCAGCAGCGGCGUCCAAGCUGAAUACGACAGCAUCUGCCAGGACCAAGCAGCCCAAAACGGGAUCGAAGACCCCGGCAAUUGGGUCUGGUCCGACGACGAAGAAUACUGUGUCCCAAACGCCUUGGACUCCAAUUCUCCAGAGUACGUCAACCGCAAAGAUUAA